GCGAGGCCAGCAGAUCUCGAGGCUCGGGAGCCUGCGCCGCCGCAGGAGGCGGAGGCAGUCCAGGAGCCGCAGCAGGUCCGGUUUCCUCCAGCUCGCCAACGACGUCAUUCCGACGCCGCCGCCUCAGUGGCAUCCUUCUUCACUACGCCCUUCUUCCGGGAGAACAGCCGGAUGAGCCUGGAGGGCCCGGGAUGCGAACCGCUCACCGAUGACUUCGACUACGAGUUCGAGCUUCUGGCGUGCUGGAACCGCACCGCCAAGCACUCUGCCAAGGUGACGAAAUUCCACCGCCUCGUCACGCGCUCAUCUUUGACCAAGCAUCUCAGUGACUUCCCUGAAAAUCUGGAGGAUGGUGGGGCUGUUUUUAUCAUCAAGCCAUUUUCCGUGAAAAAGAUCGCCUGGGACCUCGUGAUUUGCUGCAUCGUCCUGCACGACGGAAUCGUUCUGCCGCUGCAGCUCCUCGGCAUCCAGGUAUCAACGUCCGAUUCCCUGGCAUGGCCGCUCACACUCGUUUGGACGACGGAUUUGAUUGUGUCCAGCGUCAUCGCGUAUGAGCGUACGGAUGGCACUUGGGAGACGCGACUUCCAUACACCUUUCGGCGAUAUUUGUCAGGCUCCUUCUUCCCAGACUUCGUGCUAGCGGCCUUGGCCUGGGUCGAGAGGUUUGUGGAGUCAGGGACCUUCAAGUUCCUGCGUAUCUGCCGACUCUUUCGGCUCUACCGGAUCGAGGCCAUCAUACAGCUCAUCUCCAACAACAUCCGCUCGGAGCGUGCGGUCUUGUGCAUCGGCAUUUCAGGGAAGAUCCUGUGGCUGGCCGUGUUCCUUCAUUUCAUCGCAUGCCUUUGGCUUAGCCUCGGGCGGCAGGAGGGUGGUUGGGUCUCCUACCACAGGCCUGGCACAACCGACAUCCAGCAGUACAGCAUUGCCUUCCAUUGGACCCUGGCGCAAUUCCAUGGGUCCAUGGAGUUGUAUCCUGUCACG